AUGGCAGAUUGCAGGCCUUUAGGGUUCUUGAUAAGUUUACCAUUUGCUUUCCUUUCUUUGAUAUUAUCCCUUGUUGGUCUCAUUGUCUGGAUCAUCGGGAGUGUAUUGACUUGCAUCUGUCCUUGUUGCAUAUGCUGUGUCGGAGUUGCAAACUUUGCGAUUGAGCUUAUAAAGCUUCCUGUAAAUAUCAUUUUGUGGUUCAUUGAACUUAUUCCUUGUUGA